AUGUCGGUGCUGCCCAUCACAGAGAAGCUGCUGCCACAGAGGCAGAGCAGCAGUAGCAGCAGCAUCACCAGCAACAGCGUGGCCACCGCACAUCCGGCCUAUUACAUCGCGUGCUGGAUCUUCUUUUCCAACCUGACCAUCCUCUUCAACAAGUGGCUAAUAGAUACUGCUGGUUUCCCUAUAUUCCUGACGGCCUGGCACAUGAUAUUCGCCGCAGCCGCCACACAAGUCCUGGCCCGGACGACUAGGCUCCUCAACGGCCGAAAGAGCGUGCAGAUGACGAGCCAAAAGUACAUGCGUGCCGUCGUGCCCAUUGGUAUCGUCUACAGCGGGAGUCUCGUCUGCAGUAACCUUCCCUACCUGUAUUUGAGCGUGCCCUUUAUACAGAUGCUCAAGGCCGGCGGUCCCGUCAUAGUCCUCUUCGUCUCCUGGCUAUGGGGCGUAGCCCACCCGACCCGCACAGCCCUCCUCAAGAUCCUCCUCAUCGUCUUCGGCGUCAUGGUCGCCUCGGUAGGCGAGAUCCGCAUCAGCUGGCUCGGCGUGUGGUACCAGAUGGCCGGGCUCGUGUUCGAGGCGCUGCGUCUGGUCAUGAUCCAGGUCCUGCUGGCGGGCGACGGGGAGGGCAUGGACCCGCUCGUCAGCCUGUACUACUUUGCGCCCGUGUGCGGCGCCAUGAACCUGGUGACUGUGUACCUGACCGAGAUGCAGUCGUUUGACGUGGCGGAUUUUGUGCGGGUGGGGCCUACUAUCUUGUUGUUUAAUGCUAUGGUGGCAUUUGGCUUGAAUGUGGCCAGUGUGUUCUUGAUCGGCAAGACCAGCAGCCUCGUCAUGACACUGUCUGGCAUCUUCAAGAGCAUCCUCUUGGUCGUCGUCGGGGUUUUGAUAUGGGGCACGCCGAUCGGGUCCCUGCAGCUGUUUGGGUAUCUGGUCGCCCUGUUUGGCCUCUUCCUCUAUUCGGUUCCGUCGGAUCGGAUAGGAGACUUUGUUGCAUCCGUGAAGAGCCGGUGGUUUUCGUGGGAGUCGGGCAAUCGACUAACCCUGAACUGA